CUCACAUAAACAAAGGCACAUUGGAAGGAAGGGCAGUCUAGGCUAUCUGCUGGCUGGUGUACAUGCUGCUAGUGUACACUCCGUUCUGACUGUAAUCACCUAGCAAACAGACACUUCCUUGUUGAGUUACACCAAUAAAGGAGAUGCACCAGAUUCGCUUGAAUAGAAAGGGGCGCAGUUAAGCAAGAGACGUGCGAAACUAUUCCAGUGGACGUCCGCAAAUUGUUCUUCUUGUCUCCUGCGUUUUAAUAGAGAAUCCCGACACUGUCCACGUUUAGUUUCAUCGAACACCAAAGUGACACGGCUGAAGACAUGCCCUGUGUUCAGGCGCAGUAUGGGUCAUCGCCUCAAGGAGCCAGCCCUGCUUCCCAGAGCUACACUUACCAUUCUUCAGGAGAAUACAGUUCUGACUUUCUAACUCCAGAGUUUGUGAAGUUUAGUAUGGACCUUACCAACACUGAAAUAGCAGCAACCACAUCUCUUCCCAGCUUUAGUACGUUUAUGGACAGCUACAGCACCAGUUACGACGUCAAACCCCCUUGCUUGUACCAAAUGCCCCUGUCUGCUCAACAGUCCUCUAUAAAAGUUGAAGACAUUCAGAUGCAUGGUUAUCACCAGCAGAGCCACUUGUCGCCACAAUCUGAUGACAUGAUGCCACAUUCGGGCUCUGUGUACUACAAACCAUCUUCACCUCCUACACCUACAACUCCAGGUUUCCAGGUGCAACAUAGCUCAAUAUGGGAUGACCCUGGUUCUCUUCACAACUUUCAUCAAAACUAUGUAGCCACCACGCACAUGAUAGACCAACGCAAAGCUCCAGUAUCGCGGCUGUCAUUAUUUUCCUUCAAGCAAUCACCUCCAGGUACUCCAGUGUCCAGUUGCCAGAUGAGAUUUGAUGGCCCUCUGCAUGUCACCAUGAGUCACGAGUCAUCGGGAUCUCACCAUGUGGUGGACGGUCAGCCCUUUGCUUUGCCUAAUGCAGUUAGAAAACAGGCAUCAGUCGGUUUUCCACAUGGACUCCAACUCGGCCAUGGUUCGCAGCUCAUGGACAAUCAAGUGCCCUCUCCUCCAUCUAGAGGGUCUCCAUCCAAUGAGGGUCUUUGUGCAGUGUGUGGGGACAAUGCAGCUUGUCAACAUUAUGGGGUGCGCACAUGUGAAGGGUGCAAAGGAUUUUUUAAGCGCACAGUCCAAAAGAAUGCUAAAUAUGUGUGCUUAGCAAACAAAAACUGUCCGGUGGACAAACGCCGCCGAAAUAGAUGUCAGUACUGUCGUUUCCAGAAGUGCUUGGUCGUUGGCAUGGUCAAAGAAGUUGUGCGCACCGACAGUCUGAAGGGUCGCAGAGGUCGAUUACCGUCCAAACCUAAGAGUCCGCAAGAAGCUUCUCCUCCCGCAACCCCCGUAAGCCUGAUAAGUGCUUUGGUGAGGGCUCAUGUGGAUUCCAACCCAUCAAUGACUAACCUGGAUUACUCCAUGUUCCACGCCAACCCGGACUUUCAGAUGAGUGCCAGUGACACCCAACAUAUCCAGCAGUUCUAUGAUCUUUUAACUGGAUCUAUGGAGAUCAUCAGGGGGUGGGCAGAAAAGAUUCCGGGUUUCCUCGAUCUGACAAAGCAGGACCAAGACCUUUUGUUCGAAUCCGCUUUCCUUGAACUAUUUGUCCUUCGACUGGCAUACAGGUCUAACAUAGCAGAGGGCAAGCUUAUUUUUUGUAAUGGUGCAGUGUUGCACAGACUGCAGUGUGUUCGUGGAUUCGGCGAGUGGAUUGACUCCAUUGUGGAAUUCUCUUCAAAUCUGCAGAACAUGAAUGUUGAUAUUUCAGCAUUUUCUUGCAUUGCUACCCUUGCUAUGGUAACAGAGAGACACGGACUAAAAGAACCAAAGCGAGUGGAAGACCUUCAAAACAAGAUCAUAAACUGCCUCAAAGACCAUGUGGCUUUUAACAGUGGGGGCUUGAACCGUCCCAACUAUUUGUCAAAACUUUUGGGGAAGCUUCCCGAACUUCGUACGCUUUGCACGCAAGGGCUGCAGCGUAUUUUUUAUCUGAAGCUGGAGGACUUGGUUCCACCCCCUGCCAUAAUUGACAAACUAUUUUUGGACACGUUACCAUUUUAAUGGACAAGAGUCUUUUAAUGUGAACUGUGGGAGUUGAUCAUCCCUGAAAAAGUUACAAAGUGUGCGCAAAAAGAGCGCCGUUUCUAAACCAAUCCACGGACACUGCGCUUGGCAGAAUGUUAAAGUGACAUCAAACAAGUGACCGGGUUUAGAAAUGGACUACAUGAACACUGGCAGCCUUUGGACCUGUUGAGUGACCUCGGUAAAGAUGUGGGACGAUGUCUACUAGGAAAAGUGCCAGCGCCAAUUGAAAAACAGUGCUCUUUGCAAAAAUGGAGUUGGAUAAGUCCUUUCUGUAUUCUUAAUACCUGCUGUAAAAUAACCAUGUACAUUAAAUUAAAUACUUCACUGCUAUACAUAAUACAAUAUAAAUGUGUAUAUAAAAAGAUAUAUUUAUUUCAGGUGUUGCAUUAAUGGCAUCGAUUAAGGGAUGCAACAAAGUCUUGUAAAUGAAAACACACUUCUGAAUUUUUAAUAAAUGCGCGCCUGAUCGGCUAUAGAUUCAUAAUCAAAGAGUUUGCAGCAAAGAAAGCAUGUUGUAGGUUUUUAAAAUGUUAUAGACAUUUGCUGUUUCAGUAAUGUCUAUAUUAUAUAAAUAAUAUUUCAGACACUAUGUAGUCUGUUAGCUUUUAUAAAGAUUGGUAGCAUUUAAGCUUAACACAUUUUCAAAUGUAAAUAUGUAAAAAAAAAUAUUUACAAAUCGUUAUCUUUAAAGGGACACACCUAGUGUUUGUAGGGCCGUUCAGCAUUCCUUGUUUGUAUGUGUUGUACGUACUGUUGACCCUGAUAAAACAAUUUAUAUCUUCAUUAUUUUGUUGUCCGAAUAAUCGAACUUUGCAUGUACCAGCUUUUGACUGUUUCCAGAGUUCUGAUACAUAAUUCCAUUGAAAUUACUGAGCACUUUGAUUUUUAAUAUUUAAAAAAGUUGACAGUUUAAUAUAUUUCAUGUAUGAGUGGAGUUUUUUAUAUUGCCAUAUUCUGUAGAAUUUACUUUGUAUAUUUAAGUAUGCUGGCACAGUAUGAGUAACUGCCUUUUUAUAGUGUAUCUGACAUAUAGGAACGCAGAAAGUAUGUUUUCUGAAGAUUCUUUGAGAAAGAACUAUUUAAUGUUUACAAAUAAAGUUAAUAAUGACCA